UCAACUGUAGGUGGCCGCACCUAGGAAGAGGAGUCACGUCAUUGAGGUGGUUCCCUAACAACAUGUCUAAGAUAUUUUAGUCAUCUAAUGUGACAUUCUGGGUGUAAUAUUCAGGCUACAAGAUUGUCACGUCUACUCCUUCUCCCUCCCUCCGGCACUCGACGUUGCCUGUCUACUAACCACCGAUCCUGGCUCCAUUGUUAUGUACACCUGUUCCCCAUCAUUACACACACCUGGUCAUCAUUCCCUCCUUGAUUACUCCUCCUUUAUUUAGCCCUCAGUUGUCUUCAGUCAUUAGGUGUUAUUGUUUUCUCUCACGUUCAGUACCUGGCUCGUGUUUGUUCUACUGUAUCGGUUCUUUAUUAAAUGCACCUUCUACACCUAUUUCCUGACUCCCGGCGUAUACGUUACACAGAACAGUUUCAGUAGACUGUGUAAAGGAGGAGUACUGGAAUGAGCUGCCACAGUUACAAUCAAUCAGUCAUUCAUGUUCAUUACAAUAUGACCUGGGUUUAUUGAUACGGACGGCGGUUGCAACACUCAUUGACCUUGGAUCAAUGAUAGACAGAAUCCACAGCCACUGGAAUAGCAGAAAACAACAGAACGAUACAGUGGAAAAUACGCAAUAUUCUGUACAAUGAGUCUCUCUGGGGGAAGAGACGAGGAGGAGGGGGCGACAGAGUUUAAGAUUAGUCUCUCUGGGGGAAGAAUGGAAGAAGAGGGGGCCACUACCUCUAAGAUGAGUCUCUCUGGGGAACGUGACAUUGACAGUGUGGACCAUGGUGGAGAGUGCUGUUUGAAAUCCGAUCUUAAGAAAUAUGCCUCUGAUCUCACACUGGACCCAAACACAGCAUUCAGAGAGCUCUCUCUAUCUGAGCAGAACAGGAAGGUGACAAAGGUGAGAGACGAGCAGCCGUAUGCUGAUCACCCAGAGAGAUUUGACUUCUGCAGACAGGUGCUGUGUAGAGAGGGUCUGACUGGGCGCUGUUACUGGGAGGUAGAGUGGAGUGGGGAAGGGGCUGAUAUAGCAGUGACAUAUAAAGGAAUAAACAGGAUAGGUGAUGGUAAUGACUGUGAUCUUGGAUUCAAUGUCAAGUCCUGGAGUGUGCACUGCUCUGAUGAUGGUUACAAUGCCUGGCACAAUGACGAGAGUAUUGCCAUACCUUUCCCCUCCUCCUCCCACUCAAACAGAGUAGGAGUGUAUCUGGACUGGCCCGCUGGCACUCUGUCCUUCUACAGCGUCUCCUCUGACGCACUGAUCCGCGUGCACACAUUCCACUCCACAUUCACUGAGCCCCUCUACCCAGGGUUUGGGAUUUGGGCGACUGGCUCCUCAGUGAUCCUGUGUCAGGUAGAAUAGCCUCCUGUUUCCUGGAGAAACUUCAGGGAAGUCACACUCCAGUUCAAACACCUGUAAGCAUGACAGAACACACACUUUCAGAAUAAAGGGUAUGGUUAGGGUACGAUAUUGUUCCCUGGGGUACAAAUAUCAACAUACACCAUUAUGUACUUAUGUACACAUAGUAAUCUAGUACAAUGGUACAUUUUUGUACCCAAUAUUUUCAAUAUAAAAGUACAAUCAUUGGAUUCAUUGAGUGAAAGUGUUGUACCAGUGGUCCAUGUUUAUGUUCAUUUGAGUUUUGAAGUCUUUAUAAAGACGUAUAUACAUAUGUAAGAGCAUGUGACAAUGAAGAGCUGUAAAUAAUAUUAUAGCGACAUUAACCCAACAUUGAGCCACCUUGUCAAGAGGUAUGGACCUCUUGGCAUGAUGGGUAUGGUGCUGGCUUAACAGUCACUGGACCUGGGUUCAAAUCCUGGUCGGGGCUAUCCCCUGAAUUUAUUACCUAUGUGUCAGAAGGGGGAUGGUGGAAAGUGUACAUGUGAGAGACCUGGUAUAGAAAAUAGGUAUAUUUAUUAUAAAUAAUUUGGUGGGUGCUUAUAUUGUAUUUGUCUUAUACACAUGUGGGAAUUAGAAAUGAGAUGUUCUGCAUAUCACAAUUCCUCCAUCAUCAACAGCAACCCUGGAGCAAUUAGGGUUAAGUGCCUUGCUCAAGGGCCUUGUUGGCUUGGGGAUUCGAACAAGCAACUUUUCCGUUACUUGCCCAACGCUCUAACCUCUAGGCUACAGUACCUGACACCAGCCUUUUUUUCAGACAUCCCAGGUUUUGCCACUUAAAAUGAACAAAAAGCUUUGUCACCGAGGUUGUACCUUAAAAAGGAACAUUUGUACCUUUUUGGCUCUUUUACUGUGCGGACUGCAAGGGUACUAUUAUGUACCUAUAACAUAACUAAUGAGUAAUAACAGGAUACCACUAGAGUGACAAGUGUUUCUACCCCUUUAAGUACAAUACGGUACCUUUUUUUCUAAGAGUGCAGAGACAUGUUUUUAAAUCAAUUAUCUUUUUGAUAUUGUUUUAAUUCCUUGGUGUUUGUAAAUAUUGCCAUUGGUAGAACACAUAUUUGUCAAAAUGUCCACACAUCAAUCCUUUAUGCAAUUUAAGUGAUGAAAGAAGAUGUUUUCAUUUGCAUUUACAAGAAUAUGGCUUUUCAAUAAAUGAAGUCCUUCCUGCCUA